ACUUCUAGAUCUGAUAUGGAUCUUCUGGCCGCUGAAGCCCAGAGCCUCGGAUGCAAUAAUGCCAAGAACAGCAUGAAAUGACUAUGGAGUCUCCAUACCCCAUUUGGGGUCAAUUUGUCGGUAAUUCGGCCUGGCAAGCGGAGCAACUCCGACCUCUUCUUACAGCCAUGCCUAUUUCUGUUGUCGUCUGCUUAACAUUCAACUCUGUAGCAACCAACUGAAUCGCAGCUUCACACAUAGAGUCUGUCCAGACACAGGUCUCACAAUGGCAAGAAUCAAGUCGAUCGAGUACUUCCGCGUCCCUCCACGCUGGCUAUUCGUCAAGGUGGUUGAUGAAGAUGGCAAUUAUGGCUGGGGUGAGAGCACCCUUGAAGGGCACACCGAGGCUGUGGAGGGCACCUUGAACGCCCUAUGCAAGCGUUUUCAAGGUUACGAGGCCGAUGACAUCGAACACAUUUGGCAAAUGUCCUGGCGUUUAGGCUUCUACCGAGGCGGCCCAGUCUUUAUGUCCGCCAUUUCGGGAGUCGAUAUCGCUCUCUGGGACCUUAAGGGCCGUCGACUUGGAGUCCCUAUCCACCAACUUCUUGGCGGCAAAGUCCGCAACAAACUGUCCGUCUACGCGUGGAUUGGUGGCGACCGACCCUCCGAUGUAGAAGCCGCCGGCAAGGCCCGACUCGCCCAGGGGUUCAAGGCUAUCAAGAUGAACGCCACAGAGGAUGUGAACUGGCUCGAUUCUCCCAGCGUCCUAGACUCCAGCGUCGAGCGUCUGAAGACCGUCAAGGCCCUCGGCCUGGACGCAGCGCUCGACUUCCAUGGCCGACUUCACAAACCGAUGGCGAAGCAGCUGGCCAAGGCACUUGAGCCGCAUCGGCCAUUAUUCCUUGAGGAGCCGCUCCUCUCGGAACACCCCGAGGCGAUCAAACAGCUCGCCGACCAGGUCUCGUGUCCGAUCGCGCUUGGGGAGCGUUUGUACAGUCGCUGGGAUGUGAAGCGUUUCUUAGAGGAUGCAAGCGUGGACAUUCUGCAGCCCGAUAUCGCCCACUGCGGUGGCAUCUCGGAGCUGAGACGGAUAGCUUCCAUGGCGGAGACCUACGAUGUUGCAAUUGCGCCGCAUUGCCCGCUGGGACCCAUUGCCUUGAGCGCGUGCAUGCAGGUCGACUUGGCGACGCCGAACUUUGUCAUUCAGGAGAUGAGUUUGGGCAUGCACUACAAUACAGAGGCGGGAGAGUACGAUAUCACCAGCUACGUCAAGGAUGCGAGUGUAUUUGCGGUUAAAGAUGGAUAUGUAGACGCUCUCACAGCGCCGGGGCUGGGGAUUGAGGUUGAUGAAGAGACGGUAAGACGAGUGGCCGCGAAUGCAGAGCCCUGGCUGCCGAAGGAGUUCUAUGGCUCCGAUGGUGGAAUCCGCGAAUGGUAGUGUGUUAUACAUUGUGGAAAAAGAACAGAAUAGAUUGAGCGAUGAAUUUGAGGAUAUAUCCCGAAAUAACAGAAAGAUGCUUUCCAAUUGAAAAUUCU